AUGAUUGAUAGCGGUCAGUGCCUAAAUAAGAAUGAAAAGUACGAUAUGUCUCUUCAUACCGAUCUAUCUAAUCAGUCUCUUAUCUAUCUAUCUACCUAUCUAUCUAGUCUCUUCAUGCCGAUCUAUCUAAUCAGUCUCUUAUCUAUCUAUCUAUCUAUCUAUUCAGUCUCAUAUCUUUCUAUUCAGUUUCUAUUUAUCUAUCUAUCUAUUCAGUCUCUUCAUAUCUAUCUAUUCAGUCUCAUCAUAUCUAUCUAUUCAGUUUCUAUCUAUCUAUCUAUCUAUCUAUAUAUUCAGUCACUUCAUAUCUAUCUAUUCAGUUUCUUUCUAUCUAUCUAUAUAUUCAGUCUCUUCAUAUCUAUCUGUCUAUUCAGUCUUUUCAUAUCUAUCUGUCUAUUUAUCUAUCUAUUCAGUCUCAUCAUAUCUAUCAAUUCAGUUUCUUUAUAUCUAUCUAUUAAGUUUCUUCAUAUAUAUGUAUGUAUCUAUCUAUUCAGUUUCUUCAUAUCUAUCUAUUCAGUUUCUUCAUAUAUAUGUAUGUAUCUAUCUAUUCAGUUUCUUCAUAUCUAUCUAUUCAGUUUCUUCAUAUGUAUGUAUGUAUGUAUGUAUGUUUCUAUCUAUCUAUCUAUCUAUUCAGUCUCUUCAUAUGCAUGUAUCUAUCGAUGCAGUCUCUUCAUAUCUAUCUAUCUAUCUAUUCAGUCUUUUCAUAUAUAUCUAUCUAUCUUUUCAGUCUUUUCAUAUCUUUCUAUUCAGUCUGUUCAUAUCUAUCUAUCUAUUCAGUCUUCAUAUCUAUCUAUCUAUCUAUCUAUUCAGUCUCAUAUCUAUCUAUUCAGUUUCUAUUUAUCUAUCUCUAUUCAGUCUCUUCAUAUCUAUCUAUUCAGUUUCUAUCUAUCUAUCUAUCUAUCUAUCUAUCUAUUCAGUCACUUCACGUCUAUCUAUUCAGUUUCUUUCUAUCUAUCUAUAUAUUCAGUCUCUUCAUAUCUAUCUGUCUAUUCAGUUUUUUCAUAUCUAUCUGUCUAUUUAUCUAUCUAUUCAGUCUCAUCAUAUCUAUCAAUUCAGUUUCUUUAUAUCUAUCUAUUCAGUUUCUUCAUAUAUAUGUAUGUAUCUAUCUAUUCAGUUUCUUCAUAUCUAUCUAUUCAGUCUCUUCAUAUGUAUGUAUCUAUCUAUUCAGUCUUCAUAUCUAUCUAUCUAUCUAUCUAUCUAUCUAUCUAUCUAUUCAGUCUAUUCAUAUCUAUCUAUCUAUCUAUCUAUCUAUCUAUUCAGUCUAUUCAUAUCUAUCUCUCUAUCUAUCUAUCUAUCUAUUCAGUCUAUUCAUAUCUAUCUAUCUAUCUAUCUAUCUAUCAUAGUAGGAGACGAGAACCUGAACCAAAUAUUGCCUGUGGUAAUAUUUCUCCCGGAGAAUCUGAACCUAAUAUUGCCUGUGGCAAUAUUUCUCCCGGAGAACUUGAACCAAAUAUUGCCUGUGGUAAUAUUUCUCCCGGAGAAUCUGAACUUAAUAUUGCCUGUGGCAAUAUUUCUCCCGGAGAACUUGAACCAAAUAUUGCCUGUGGGAAUAUUUCUCCCGGAGAAUCUGAACCUAAUAUUGCCUGUGGUAAUAUUUCUCCCGGAGAAUCUGAACUUAAUAUUGCCUGUGGCAAUAUUUCUCCCGGAGAACCUGAACCAAAUAUUGCCUGUAGUAAUAUUUCUCCCGGAGAAUCUGAACCUAAUAUUGCCUGUGGCAAUAUUUCUCCCGGAAAACUUGAACCAAAUAUUGCCUGUGGCAAUAUUUCUACCGGAGAAUCCGAACCAAUUAUUGCCUAUUCUUUUUCGUUUUCUGUUCCAGUCUUUGAUCUCUUUUCCCUCCUUUUUAUGACUCUUUCGAUCUCUCUACUUUAUUCUUUUUUCUUUCUUUCUGACUAUCAUCCAUCCCUCUCUCUUGUUCUCACUCUUUUUUACUCCUUCUUUUCUCUACGUCUUCUCGUCAGUCUCUCUUUUUCUCUGGGCCCUUCCACAAAGUAUUUAAUUCUCAUCGCCAUUUAA